UUGAAUAUGGCAAAUACUUUGUCACGUCAGGGAGCUCGCAAACUCAAUGAAGAAGGAAGGUUUUGUCUUGAGCCAUGUAAUGGAAGUUGGCAUAGAGGCUAUAAUGAUGAACUUGCCACCAGACUCAAAGAAGCUCGUGAUGCCCGUCGGGUUCUUUAUAAGAAAACGCAAAGCAACUAAUAGUGUAGUUUUGUGUUUCUUUCCUUUUCUUUUUUCAUAAAAGGUCAUGGUCAUGUUUGUAUUCUUUUUUACAUCAGGUUCAGAUGAAAAACAUGGAAUUGAAUGGCAAGGAGCUCAUUUCCCGGUUCAAGAAGUCGAAUCGCUUGGACCGUAAAGACAUGAUUAUGUUCCAAGUGUUAGAGAAUAUCAACAAGACAAAACCUAAAACAGGCAAUCAUUACCGGAUUUUUAACGUGAACAUAAGGGAUCGACGUUUUGAAACUCUUGAUUCUUGGAGGACGCUCAAAGACAAGGCUUUAGAUGUUUGCGCAAGGAAAAUGGUUGCAAGUUUUCGGUCUCUAUGGGAAGAGCAUUACGCCAGUUCCCGCAUCUCGCUGGAUGACUUUGGGCUUACCAACAUCGACUUUCCAAAACAAAAUAAUGAGUUCGACUGUGGUGUUUUUGCUCUGAUGCUAGCAAACGGUUGGGAGGCAAGGGCUGUUCCAAAUUUCACAGCUGAGGAUAUUCCAAGCAUCAGGAAACAAUUGACUAACACGUGGGUUGACAACACCAACAACAAGGCUCCAUGGAAAACCAUACUCAAGUUAGCAUAGACAACACUGAUUUUGGGGAAGCAAGCAUCCUUCCAUAGAAGUGCUACUUUGAAGUGUCUUCAGAAUGGAAUUCACUCCCAAAUCAGAGAGAUUAGAGCAUGUUUAGUGUUAGGAAAAACUUAAGUUAGCAUUAUGGGCAUGAUUGAUCUUUUAUAUUCAGACUAUUUUUGC